AUGAAAGUGAAAGAUAGAAGAAAUAUGAUCAAGAUGAAGAUAUCUGAAGAUAAGCAGAGGAAGCAGAAUGAAAGGAUUGGGUACAUGAGUGCUCAUGGGCCUUAUCUUGUUGUUUCUGUCGUCAGCCUUGGAGGCGAUUGCACAGGAUGGUUUGGUGGAUACACUGGAGGGAAGCCAAGAGGGCUGUAUUAUUCUGAGGAAUGCAAGAUGAAUUUUUUACUGCAGAUGACUGAUGGAAUGGAUGAUUUUCGAACGGGAUAUAUGUGCAGAUCCAGUGACGUGGUUGUGUUUUUUGUUGAUUCUGAGCAGAUCGAUGAGGAGAGGCUGAAGGUGGUUAAGAGACACAUGCCAAGCAGUUUGAUAUGUGUAUCCAGCGCAUGCUUACGAGCAGCAGCAAGGAAGCUUGCCAAGAAGCACUUUCCAGAUGAGAAGAUAGUUGGGAUUGAGGGGAUGUUUCAGGCGUUAGGAAAGAUGAGGAUUAGAAAUGCAUCGGUGUGCAAACGACCGUAUUUGGUUCCGAGCAGUGUGUAUUGGGAGGAAGGCAUCCUGUAUGUUGAGGGAUUGUUGAAGCAUGGGUUUGUAAGUAACAAGGUGAUUGUUAAUGGAGUGCAUGAGAUGGAGAUUGAGGAAGUAAUAGCAGAUAGGGUGUAUCUUGGGAGUGAGUUGAGUGUAAGCAUUGGGGCUGAGGAGGUUAAAUGUUCAGCAGGUGCUCUGGAGUGUGAUGAGUAUGAAUGCGAAAGAAUGGAUGUGGUAAGUGAUGCAGAAUGCAGCGAUGAUGAGGAGUUGUCUGAAGUAUCUGAGGUAGAUUAUGCAGGAUCUGAAUGCACAAUGGACGAUGGGCCUGAAGAAAUGGACGGAUUUCCAUCGUUGAUUGAGAGAUACGCAGGGUAUCGUGGAAUAAGGAAUAUUGCGACGUGUGAUUUCAAAUCAUGUGUGUUUCCAGAGCACUACAAGGAGCUUGUGUUUUUUGAUGACUUUAAGAAAGCAGAAAGGCUGGUUGUUGAGAAGAUAAGUGUGAUGCCAAGCAAUCAGAUGAUCAAGAUGAAGCUCAGGGGAGAAGGAGUGCCAUUUGGGGAUGUUUGUGUUGUGUUUGGAUGCUAUGAGUAUGAAAGCAGAAAGACAAUACACAAUUUUUAUUUUGAUGGAAAGGAGGCACUGGUGGAGGAAGGGAUGGCGAUUGAUCUUGGACACAUGGUGGUUGAUGCCAAGCCUAUGCUGACGAAGAAUUUAAAUCAGAGGGUGUUUAAAAGGCAGCAAGAGCUUGAGUGUGGAGUGCUUAGUUUUGUGGGGCCGAUUACAUUUAACCUGACACGGGUUCUGAUUUACAAGAAGAGUGUGCUAGGAGAGCUAUGUGGACGGACGCUUGCUGUGAUAGGAACGAAUGGAUUUACGGCGGACAGGAUUGUGUUUGACGAGGUGGUUGUUCGAGGAAUACCUAUUAAGAUGAAGAAGAGGUACAGUGUGAUAAAGAGGAUGUUUAGUAGCAAGGAUGAGGUGAUGUACUUCAGAAACAUCCAGCUAAGGGUAGAGGGGCAGAAGACAACUGGGUUUAUAAAGAAGCCCAUAGGGACGAAAGGGCUAUUUAAGGGGUAUUUUACACAGCCUCUAAGGCCAGGAUGCAAGGUAACGAUGUCCUUGUACAAAAGGGCGUUUCUAGAGAAUGAAUAA